AUGACAGUCAAAGAGGAAAAGAAGCCUGACUUGGGCGAGAAGACCGGCUCCGUGGUUGAGAAUCAAGCCGUCUCGGAACCUGUCAUGCCCGAGAAGAUUCCGUUCUUUCGAGGGACGACCUUCCAGGCUCUCAUCGUGGCCUUUUUGUUUUUCAGCGGUCCUGGAAUGAUCAGCGCACUCGGUGCUGUUGGAGCCGGUGGCCUGAAGGACCCCUUACUUGUGAACAUCACGAGCGGUAUGCAAUAUGGCAUGAAUUGCGUCUUUGCGUUCUUUGCUGGUGUUGCCAUCAACAUUCUUGGAGUGAGAGGUGCUCUCUGCUUUGGGUUGCUAUGCUUUCCAAUUCGCGGAGCAUCUUUGUAUUGCGCCAAUAAGUUCAAGACGGUUUGGUUCAUGUAUUUCGCCAGUGCAAUUGGCGGUCUUACUUCAUCCAUUCUUUGGGUCGUCCAAGGCGCCAUCAUCCUUUCCUACCCAGAGCCUUGGAAGAAGGGAUUCUUCAUUUCUAGUUGGUACAACUCUCUCUCUUUGGGAACCUUGCUAGGCGGCAUCAUCGCUAUCGCGUUCAACACCAAGAGAAACAAGGCCGGAUCAAUUUCUCCAAUCACAUAUAUCCCACUGUUUUCUCUCAUUAUCCUUCUUCUGCCCAUGUUUAUCUACUCACAGUGGUAUCUUUCCUACCAUGGCAACUUCAACGCCGUCUACCACUCCGUUCGCGGCAGAGCGCUGGGAGGUCUCUUGCAUUCCAUCACCGGGAUUCUUGGAAAUAUCACCUUCUGGUACAUGACUGACCGGAGCGGAUGGACACGGAGACAGGUAGCGCGGCGUGGGUAUUACAUCAUCUUCAGCCUUUACACCAGCAGCUGGAUCUACAACAUUGUUGUGCAGAAGCUCUACACAGACUGGAAGCCAGUCGGGUUGGACUGGGUUGAGGGUGAUUACUGGCUGAGUAUCGUCCUAUACAUAUACUGGCAAUAUGCCAAUGACAUGUAUCAGUGCUACGUUUACUUUCUCAUCGGUACUCUCUCCACGGAGGUUGAAGAGCUGGCGCGAUACACGGGUAUUUUGAAGACGGUGAACACUGCCGGUGCAGCUUUUGGAUACGCGGUCCAGGUCAAGUGGUCCAUGUUGGGAGGAGCAUCUCUGCUGACUGGCCUCUGGUUUGCGCAAAUAAUUCCGACCUGGUUGGUUGUUCGGGAGGUUUCUGAUGAGGAACCGGGCAACGAGCCCAAGUCGACCGUCUCUGGCUCUGAGGCUCUGGCAUGA